UUUUAUCUCGUUUCAAAAAUGGUUUGACCAACCCACAAGGAAGGUUUUCUGUACGAGUUUUUACGAAGAGAGUAGGUAUGAUUAGUUGCUGUUGAUAUGCUUAAGAUCCCUGGAUCUACUGCAUAGAUCUAGUUAUUACGUAUGUAAAAUUCAUGCGAUUUCUGUGGGGUACUGUAUUUGUUUUGCUUAUCUCUUAUAUCUCUGUUGUGUUUCAAACACCGUACGUGCCCUAUAAAAGAAUAGCUGUAAGGCUAUGCAGAACAUCAUUUUCAGUGAUUUGUGUUAAGAGAAACCGGUACGAUGGACCCACAAACGAUAGGAUUGGUUGAGAGUGAUAUAGCUGAAUCGGUGAAGUGUUACAUUCAGGACAAACGAAAUCGAGUAAAUGGAAAAUUUAGACUUGUUUCUUACCAAGUCAGACGGCUGAGUGAAGAACCGGUCGGUUAUUUGGGCGAUCACUAUUUGUUGGAUGUAAAUUUGCGCGAAAAAAUGGUCCACUAUUCACCGGAAGAGGAAGAAAAGUACGCAGAAGAAGAGUAUAUUAGCUUCUUCGUGAAAGUUAUCCCGGAUAACGUACCAAAGCUAGCCGAUUACAUCAAGGAAAUGGGUUGCUUUCGGAAGGAAAUAUUGCUAUACAAGCACGUUAUUCCGCGGCUCCAGGACGUUAUGAUUGGCACACGGCCAUUUGUUUCUACCGCAUACUUCACAAAGGGUGAUAGAAUGAUUGUGUUUGAAAAUUUGACUUCGGAAGGCUACAGCAUAGUGGAGCACACAAAACAUCUGCUUGACUUCGAACAUCUGAAAGUGGCGCUGCAGGCCGUUGCUAAGCUACAUGCAUCGUCUCUCAUUCUGGAAGAACGUUCCAAAACGCCAAUCCCGAAGCUUUUUGUUGGCUAUCUGAAUGAGAACGCAUACGUAGAUGAUGAUGACCAUGUACGCAAGAUAAACCUGGAGAACGCGAUACAAGUGCUGUGUGAGAUGAUCAAGCGAAUUGAGAAAUACGCCAGCUCAGAGAAAUUAGAUGAAAUAUUGCUUAAAGUGCCCGAUGUAAUACGCAAGAUAUAUGACUUUUCCAAGCCGUCGACAGUCUUCCGCAACGUGUUAAAUCAUGGUGAUCUGUGGUGUAACAACGUAAUGUUUCGAUACGAAAUGAUACCAACGAGCGUGGACAGUAGUUGCAUCAAUACUGAAGGGCACCUACCUGAAGGACGCAAAGUGACAUCGGACCGUGAGGAUCAAGCCGAAACCGGAAAAGACGCAGAUGUUUCAAACAGCGCUCUGUUCGUCAGCAACGGUGAGCGCCGUGGCCGGAAGCGUUCGUCUAUUAAAAAACCAAAUCCUUGCGAAGUGCUAAAUUUAGGCAACUGGUCCGCACCGGGAGCUUCUCGUCCUUCGAGUUGCAUACUGAUCGACUUCCAAAUUGCGCGCUACGCACCGCCAGCGUACGAUAUUUUCUCGUUUCUCACAUCGACGACGACGCGGGAAUUUCGGAAACAGUACCUUGAAGAGCUGCUAGAUAUCUACUAUGAAGCAUUGCAAUGUGAACUAGAUUGGUUUCAUCGGGAUGUGCGGGAAGUGUUUUUGGACGGCUUUCAAUCAUAUCGGCACUCCUGCGAUCAGUAUCAACUCGCUGGACUCAUCGACAGCAUCCUUUAUCGGCACGUUACGAUGCUACCGAUGGAGCUGGUGGCUCGAUGUCGCGAAGAGCACCGAUUACCGGGCACAGUAGGCAGCCAAUCCGAGAACGUGAAAAGGGACAUCUGUCUAGAAGCCUGGUCACAGUAUGAAGAAUACCGAACAUUCAUGACGGACCUGCUGUCGGAUUUGGUUGAUCAAUACAUUCUGCAAGUCGGAUAGCGCGUGCAUCGUGCUAACGUGCCAAAAUAAUACUCAAUUUAAACGCUAUUAUUAUUUGUGGUUUCUGCCGACUAUUUUAAUGUUAGUAUCUAUAUAUUUUAGCAAACCACGAAUCCAGGAGGCGUAUUCCAGUAGAGGCGAAACUUGUUGACUUCCAGUUGGCCCGAUUUGCUCCUCCUGUCUUGGAUGUUUGGACGCUUAUUAUGCUUUGCAGUACGCGCGCGUUUCGACAGCAACAUUUAACAGCGUUGUUGGAUUCUUAUUAUCAAACUUUAGGUGAUCUUUUACUAUCGAAUAGCAAUAUGAAUAUUGAACCUAUAAUAUCACGCAACGAAUAUAGUGCCUCGUGUGACUGUUUUGCAUUGGCUGGACUUAUCGAGUCUUUGCUCUUUAGCCAUCUUACACUGCUACCGAAGCAAGCAGCCAAAGAUAUGUUAAAUUGUUCGGAAAAUUUUGAUAAUUUCUUACGUGGCAAUGGAAAACUCCACAUCUGCUUACGAUACUUCCAGCAAGACACCAACUAUCGGAAUAGAAUGACCGAAAUGUUGGAAGAAUUGGUUGAAUCUUUGAAGUAGUGUUUAAAAUAACCAAGUGAACCAAUCGAUACAUCGUGAUGCUAUCGCUACAUGCAACAAUCAAUAAAUCACGAUAUCAUCUUACUUGACUGCAAUCUAUACAAUAGUUGCGUGUGGCUCAGAUGAGAGAGAUACUGAUCAGGAUAAUUAGACUAUGUGUGUGUGUGUGACUUUCGGUAGUAGCUUUAUGAAUAGUGGAAAAAUGCGUUAGUUCUAAGGUUGUUCAUGUUCGAGUUAGUUCUGCACGUAGCACCAAAUAUGCGAUUCACUGAAAUUGUAAAAGAAUAUUUAAUUAAUUCCA